AGAGCCUUGGCAAAGGCCGGAGGUCCGGGGCGCGAGUGUCGGUCGCGUCAGUCACAGUGGGGUGUCCGAUGUCGCGCUUGGUGAUGCGUCCGGUGAAGGCCGCGCUCGGUGCGCGUCGCUGCUCGGCCUCGGCGCGUUGAGAGUGGCGGGAGGCGCGCGCAGGGCAACCUCGGGAACCUCGGUCACGAGCGACGGGCCCGCGAUGGCGUAGCUCGAACGGACGCUCCUCGAGUGCAGCCCGCGUCCCACCUAGACCCGUCGCGUUCGCGGCCCUCGGCGGCUCGGAGGGACGGAGACGGCGAGCCCGCGCCAGGGCCGAGAGGGAGCGAGAGGAGACGACGGUGGAGGUGUCGCCCCGCGUUUCGUGCCGACGGCUCGGAGCUCAAGCGAGAAUAUGGUGACGAUGCUCAGUGAUACGUGCGGAUACGUGCUCUUCCUCCUGCUGCUCGUGCUGGUCCCCUACAUCGAGAGUGCUCGGCGACUGAACGAGUACAUUCGCCACUACGAGACCUUGUCCUACCCCACGGAGCAGGUGCAUCGAGGCCAUCUCCGGGCGAGGAGGUCCCUCUCGCGCGACAACGCCGUCACGGUCAAAUUUCGCUCUCACGGCCGGGACUUCCACCUGCGGCUCAAGAGGGACCUCAACACCUUCGGCAGCAACUUAAUCGUGGAGGGACCCUCCGGGAAGAUCGAGGGCCUGGACACCUCCCACGUCUACCAGGGCCACUUGCUCGGUGAGCCCAGCAGCCACGUAUUCGGCAGCAUAAGCGACGGAGUCUUCCACGGGAAAAUCGUCUCGCCACGUGGAGGCGCCUGGUACGUGGAGAGGGCGCACUACUACUUUCCACCUCACGAGGUCAACGAGACUCUGCAUUCCGUCAUCUACCACGAGAACGACGUCGGCGACCCCUACUCCAGCGUCCGACAAGGAGACUCGAGCGGAUGCGGAAUCACGGACGAGGUGGUCCAAUGGAUGGACAGGAUCCAGAAUUCCGCGGAAGCGGAGUCGCCGGUGCCUCCUGGGAAACCUCGGGAAGGAGGAAAGCCAAAAGUCGAGCCCUGGAACGGAGACCCGGAGAGUCCUGGUCACAAGUACACGAGAGAGGCCAACGAGCCUGUACACCGCAGGUCCCGAAGAGCCACCAGGCCGAAGGAGGACAACAAGAACACGUGUUCUCUCUUCAUCCAAACGGAUCCCCUGAUCUGGAGGCACAUCUCCAAGCAGCUGCAUCAAGACGCGGAAAGGACGAGGGAGGAGAUUCUAUCGCUGAUCGCGCACCACGUCACUGCCGUCAACUACAUCUACAGGGAUACAAGAUUCGACGGUAGAAUCGAGCACAGGAACAUCAAGUUCGAGGUCCAGAGGAUAAAGAUCGACGAUGACACGGCUUGCACUCAACCGCAAACCUAUGGCGGGGACCCGAAUCCAUUUUGCAUGGAAAACAUCGAUGUCAGCAACUUCUUGAACCUGCACUCGCUGGGCAACCACGAGGACUUUUGCCUCGCCUAUGUCUUUACCUACAGAGACUUCACCGGAGGAACUCUAGGCCUCGCUUGGGUGGCUUCUGCUUCCGGGGCAUCCGGAGGCAUUUGCGAAAAAUACAAGACCUACACCGAGACCAUAGCCGGGAUGUAUCAAUCCACUAAAAGGUCCCUCAACACGGGAAUCAUCACCUUUGUCAAUUACAACAGUCGAGUACCUCCCAAAGUGUCGCAACUGACUCUGGCCCACGAGAUCGGUCACAAUUUCGGGUCGCCGCACGACUUCCCACCGGAAUGCAGACCGGGCGGUUUGCACGGAAAUUACAUAAUGUUCGCAUCAGCUACCAGUGGCGAUAGACCCAAUAAUAGCAAAUUUUCAAAGUGCAGCAUCGGCAACAUCAGCAAUGUCCUAGACGCGAUAGAAGAUAACAAGAAGAGGAAUUGUUUCACGGCGUCCGCUGAUGCAUUUUGCGGGAACAAAAUCGUCGAGGCAGGAGAGGAGUGCGACUGUGGAUACGACGAUGACGAGUGCGUGGACAAAUGUUGCUAUCCCCUGCAAGUGUCCGAACUGGACAAAAUCAGAAACGAUACUGCCAAAGGCUGCCAUAGAAAAAAUGGGACUCAGUGCAGCCCGAGUCAAGGGCCUUGCUGUUCGAGCGAAACCUGCCAAUUUGUUCCACUAUCGCAUAACGUCCAAUGCAAAGCUGAGUCCGAUUGUAGCUACAAUUCAACGUGUAACGGCAGAUCUUCCGAAUGUCCUGCCCCACUGCCUAGAGCGAAUAAGACUAGAUGUAACGAGGGAACUCAGCUUUGCAUUAACGGCGAGUGCACAGGAUCCAUUUGUCUUGAGUGGAACUUAACGGAGUGUCUUCUGACUAGCAGUAUAAUACCGAAUAUCGACAAGCGUAAGCUUUGCGAAUUGGCAUGCCAAAAUGGUACCGACACGUCUACUUGUCGCAGCACUAGUGAAUUUGCCAGUGCCGUCGGGCUACCGGAAGGUGGAAUCAGUCUCAGACCGGGCUCUCCUUGUGACAAUUUUCAGGGAUAUUGCGACGUGUUCCUUAAAUGUAGAGCGGUCGACGCCGAAGGGCCUCUUGCCAGGUUGAAGAAUCUCCUCUUCAAUAAGGCAACUCUGCAGACGGUCGCCCAGUGGGUCACGGAGUUCUGGUGGGCGGUUCUACUGAUGGGCAUAGCCUUUAUCAUUUUCAUGGGCUUGUUUAUCAAGUGCUGCGCCGUGCACACACCUUCUAGCAAUCCUAAGAAGCCUCCCGCCAGACGAAUCAGUGACACCUUAAGGAGGCCGAUGAAUACCCUUAGAAGAAUGCGGCAUCCCCACGGAGUCCCUGGUCCUGGCCCAAGAAGUAUACCACCGAGACAAGGACAAGGAGCUCACGGUUCCCGAGGACCAUCUCACGGAUACGGAGAAGGCAGAGGUGCUCAGUAUUAUCCUAAAGGCUACCGCUCGGUUCCCACAGCUAGUGCGCCACCCGGCAGCUCCUCAGCCAACUACGGUAGGUCCAACCAUCCCGAACUGUACGCCGGGGCCUAUUCGGGCUCCGGGGGAGCCGGCAGGAGUGCAGCCUACGAGAUGAGACACCACGACAAGGUGUGACCAUCCUAGAAGAGCACCCUCGGGGAUGAGCGAGCUCGGUGCGCCCUGCAUCGCCCCGAACAUCGCCCACCACCAGCGAGGACGGGUCCUCCCGUGAACGCCGAAUACGUUCCUCCUGACUCGCAAGGCGGACGAGAACGGUCCUGAGGAAACCUCGAGGUCGACGUCCUCGGGAUGGGGUCGCUCGACGGAACCCUUUUCGAGUCCACCCUAAGCGAGAACUUCGUCUCGGAUUCCCUAGGAACGGCCGAAGGAGAGGAAGGAGUGGACGAUGGUACUCGAGGCUUGGGAUUUCGUGGGACGAAUUCGAAGCUAGGGACUCGAGACCUCUCCCUCCGUGGGCGCGAGUUUGCCGUAACAAAGAUGAUUUCGGAAUUGCGAGUCCGUAUUGGGAAAUGAUCUCGGACUCGGCCGCGUAAGGAAACCUCGGGAGUGUGAUGGACGUCCUGUCGGAUGUUUUUUUUUUUUUUUUCUCUAAUUGUCCCGAGAAUCGCGGAGCCGAGCCGAAGAGCCCAGCGAAGCUUCGAGUCUGCCGUAACGGAGUAUCUUUCGAACGAGCGACGUCUUUCGGAUUGUUUCUCUUUUCUUUUUUUUUUUUUAUUACGAAGGGAACGACCGUUGUAGAACGUUACGUUGGACCUGACGUUCGCGUAGAAUGCCGGGAGAAGUACGGGAGGAAGAUGAGAGUCAAGGGAAUCUUAAUAUUUGGAACCCUCGCGGUUGCUUUUUUUCGUGACGUGCGAUAACAGCCAAAUCGCCCGUCGCCAAACUACGCGACCGGAGCUGGAACGAAUUUAGUUAAAUGAUUUUAUCCUCUUUUGCGACGUACGAGAGAUCUUGUCGAGGAAUCAAUAAAACGGGAUCAAUCCGUAUGGCAGACUCGAUUCCGCGCCGUACCUUUUCAAGGAACUAGCGUUCAGCAUUACCAAACCAUCAAGGGUCAUUACUUGAUCUCUGUACCAGUAUAGUAUAUUAAUUACCGGUAAUGAUUAAUUAUUCCUAUUAAUUAUACGCAGUUCUUAUAAUCAAUACGAAUAAUUAAUUCGUUUUACGCUGAUUGUCAUUAGCCAAUUGACGCGAGCAAAGUUGAUAAGCGAACAAAAAGAAGGGAAAGAACAUUUUAUAGUGAUACGUCAUUAUGAUUCUAUUGAUCAUUAUUAUUAUUGAUAUUAUUAUGGAUGAUAUUAUUACUAUUAUUGAUUAGUUAAAAUAUUGUCGUUUACAGCCGAAUGGGCGAAAGUCAUAGCGAGAAGUGUUUUCCACUUUCCAAGAUAUUUGUUUAUAGUAAGCUCUUAAGAUUAACGAGGACAACCGGGACCGAUUUAGGCCGGGAUGUAUGUACAUAUUAAUAUUACAAUUAAUGCGUAUGCGUUCACCCGCUCGGCGGUUUUCGCCGGCACGUAGAUGACGUUCUGAUUUUCUCUCCUUUGGCUGGUCACUUACCGCGAGUGUUGUAAAUUAUAUUUAAAUAGCGUUUUUAAUUGUCUGCGAUCGCGGAGGGCCGUACCGUAAGAGCACCUCUUCGGGUGCACGGCGGACCAAAGAAAGGCCCUUUCAUUCGGACGUGAAGAGCCCGCCUUAUUCCUAGGGUCGUUACGACUCGCACGACCGGCCCGUCGAAAUUAUUUUCCGUCGACGUUAAAAGUCGCGCGAAAUCCUUUCCGAACGUUGUAACACCGAGCAGCAUCCUUUCGAAUCAAAGGCUGAUUAAAUUAACUUAUUUAAGUAUUUUUUAUUAUACGCUGCAUCACGCGUCAGCUGCCAUUAGCGGAACUUUUUUUCUUUUUUUUCUUUUUUUCUUAAUCUUCCCGAGAGCCUUCUUCCUUUCGUUGUCGAACGAUAAGACGGUCUCUUUUGGACGACGCGCGGUUAGGGCAGAUCGAGUCUUAGCUUCCGUUUUUAACGAGGGGAACCUCUUUUAUUACAACUUUUUAUAUCUAUCGUUUCUUGUAGCCCUCCGUCUACGGUAUCGUUCUCGUGAAACGCACUCUCGUCCUGACGAUGUUUUCCUUAAUGUAUUCUUUUCUUUUUCCUCAUUUCGAACGUCCGACGAUGUUCCCAACAUUAAUUCCAAGCACAAGGCAGACGGACCGACUGCGUUAGGUGCGAAAUACUAUUUUUCUACGAGCUUGAGGGAACGCGUAUUUUAGACAUCAAUGUGCAAGAUUCCGAUCCUAUACGUAGCGAUCGCAUGCGAAACUCUACUGGCCGGCGAUGUUCACGUAUCGAAUAUUAUAUUGCGAGAGAGAUGACACGUUGAUUAACGAGAGAAAGAGAUGCAGAUAUUCUGUAUUUUAUUAUCAGGACCUCGAACUCGGAGCUAGGUGAAUUACUUUUUAAAUAAGACGAGCAGGUACCGCGCAAUCUUCGAGGUCGAUUCAAACAGUGUUUUACCCAGCUCUGCUCGGAAUCAUAGAGUAUUUCUUAUAGUAUUAUUCUAAAAAAAAAAAGUAAAUAAAAAAAAUAAAAAUGGCCAAGAGUUUUCACAUUCGUGUUAUGUUAAAUAAUAAGAGAAUGUGUCUUUUUUUUUUAUUCGGAAUUACUUUGUACAUCUCUUCUCAUCCAUCGCAUACCGAUUUUUCCGAUAUGACAGGAAGUCUUCUUACUAUCGAGGUGCGAAUCUAAUCAUGGAUGCAUUGACAUUAAUUUCAUAUACCAGUUUACCCUGAAAAUGGGGGGAGUAAAGGGGCAUCGGGAUUCGCGAGAGGAAGAGCCACCCGAGUUGCUGUAAUCUGAGUUAUCUUUUUGCGAGAGAGUCGUGUGGAAAUGUACAAUAUAAUGCAAUGUGAUUAUUAAAAACGGAUUGCGUGGUAUAUCAGACAUGUAAGAGAGAAAGAGUGGGAGAGCACGUGGGAAGAAAGAAAGCACCUGUGUAAAUAUAUUAAUACUAUACAUGAACGAUAUAAUUAUAAACUGAAACAAAUGGUAAAGCGAAUAAAAAAUACUUGUUUUUAUAUCAGAUCUGUAUUAUAGGGAAAUAUUAUUCUGUAUUUUGUAUCUCGGGACGGAAUCGGUAAAUUCGGCGUGUAUGUUAAAAAGCGCGCAAAUGCCACCGUGAUUUUAAAAAUCCACAGCUAAGGGGAGUUUUAUCGGAACAGGUAUUUCAAUGAGGAUAGUAUUUACGAACUGCGCUGCGUGAAUUUUCAAGUUCUUGUAUUAGAACAAGAGAGCGCUUGGCCCCAUUUAUAGUUACACGACCUUUCUUUUCCUUUUUCGUUUACACCUUAACUGAAUCGACGUAACGAAGCGAUCUUCUUGAGACGCUCGUUCCUUUUUUAUUUUUAUUAUUUUUUUUUUUUUAACACUAUUAACUAAGUCUCAAUUGUAUCUAACCAUUACUAUUCAGGAUAUAGAUCACGCAUGUCAACCAUCUUUCACUGCCACUGUGUUCGAUCAAUACAUUGUUGUCAAUAAGUCAAUAAUCUGCUUUCGAAUCGAAUAUAUCCUUAUGUACGAAUAAUAUCAGCACAUAUUAUCAUCGCUUCCAACUCACUGCCACUCGAUUCGAAUAGCCGUGGUAGUUUUUUUGUUUCCUCAGGAAGUCGAGUUAACGAGUGAUUUUCAGACCCUUAACACCUCGAGGUGGGCGUCGAAAAAAAGAUCGCUUCGAUCAACCGUCCGUCCCGAAAGGACUUAGAGGAUCCAGUAAAAAUUAUCUACCCCGACUAGAAUGGGGCCAAACUCUCGUUAAUUAGUCGAAUAAAUCGCUUGCGUGCGUGACUUGUAAAGACGAAGUUUCCCUCAUGAUUUGCUGCCAGGCUUCUACUAUCCUUACGCGCUUAGGCUUCGUUUCCGUUUCUCGUAGUAACGCGGUGCACUAUAUACUCUAUCACUUGUACAUAAUGUUAGAAAA